UGUCCCUCUCUGCCCACACCCAGCGCCAUCGGGAGCUGGUGAUCACCGCCCCCCACGCAGUGGGGGGACUUCUCCUCAGGGCAGAGGAGAUGGAGUCGCUCUCAGGGCUACCAGGUCCCACAUCACCCGGGAAGGUUGUGGGUGUUUGACACCUGUGGGUGUUUUCCCAGGUUAUCCCCGUUUAUUUAGGGGGUGACUGCUCCCACUCACGGCUUGUCCCGUAAUGGCGGCUCCUCCCUCAUCCUGGUUGUCAUGAGGAGACAUCGGAGCUCGGCUGGGGGCUUGUAAAGGCCAUUGCCAUGGACCUCAUCGACCUCACAUGCACAACAAUCGCAGCACCCACGGGGAUAAAGGUUUACCAGGACCAUAUCCCAUUGUUGAAGACCCCAGCACCUGUGAUAUUGUCAAGGCUACACAAUAUGGAAUGCUAGAGCGAUGCAGAGAACUGGUAGAAGCAGGAUAUGAUGUUCGACAACCAGACAAAGAAAAUGUGACUCUUCUUCACUGGGCAGCAAUAAACAACAGACAGGAGCUGGUUAAAUAUUAUAUUUCCAAAGGUGCAAUAGUGGAUCAGCUGGGUGGAGAUUUGAAUUCUACUCCCCUUCACUGGGCCAUUAGACAAGGACACCUACCCAUGGUCAUAUUAUUGUUGAAAUGUGGAGCGGAUCCCAGUCUUAUUGAUGGGGAAGGAUUCAGUAGCAUUCAUUUAGCAGUGCUCUUCCAACACAUGCCCAUCAUAGCUUACCUCAUAUCAAAAGGCCAGAACAUAGACACAACAGACUUCAGUGGACAAACACCUUUAAUGUUAACAGCACAAAAAGCCAUUGGACCGGAACCCACGAGGUUUCUCUUAAAGUUUAACCCCUCUCUCAAUGCUGUAGACAAUGUUCAAAAGAAUACUGCACUGCACUGGGCAAUAUCAUCAGGAAAUAUCAGUGCAGUGGAUCUGUUGCUGGAAGCUGGUGCCAGCCUCGACAUAAAAAAUGUCAAGGGAGAGACACCGCUUGACCUUGCUUAUCAAAGUCAGAAUCACUUCAUGGUUUAUAUGAUGAAAGAGGAAGGAAGAAUGAGAAGCAGGAAAAAUAACAGGUUGCUGAAAAUAGUAGAGAAAUAUGAGCUCUUCUUGAUGUUGGCAUCUUCCUUGACGUUCAUGUGGGCCAUAGGAUACGUCGUGAACUUAAGUUCUGAUUCCUGGCUUUUGAAAGGAUGUUUGCUUCUCUGCCUGCUAUUUGGAAUGACACUGUUUGUCAGGCAACUCGUGGGGCUCAAGAAUCUAAGGUAUCUUCCCACAGCAUUUCUGCUAAGUUCAGUUUUUUGGAUGUCCAUGACCUGGUUUUUCUGGUUCCUGCCUGAUAUAACAAAUAUAAUUCUUGAAAUCACUGUCAUGUUCAGCAUGAUGGGUCUUCUUUAUUACUUCUAUAAAACUUGGAGUACUGAUCCUGGAUAUAUAAAGACUUCAGAAGAAGAAAGAAAAGAGAACAUUGUAGGUCUUGCAGAAGCAGGUUGCUUGGACUUCAGAACAUUCUGCACAUCGUGUCUUGUAAGGAAGCCUUUGAGAUCUGUGCAUUGCCUUGCUUGCCAAGCAUGUGUAGCCAGAUAUGAUCAACAUUCUCUGUGGACUGGACAGUGCAUAGUGGCUUACAGGAGAAAGUUGAGAGAGAGAUCAGCCUUGUCAAGCUCUCUUGUGGAUGGCAGAGGUAUUGGGAACCAUUGUUAUUACCUGUUGUUCCUGACUUUCCUAACAAUGACAGGUGUCUGGCUGCUCUAUGGAACUCUUCUGUAUUGGUCCAACCAUUGUCCAACAAGUUACCACCAGGAUGGAGCAUGGACAUACUUCACACAGGUCAUGUACUGCUCUCCCUGGGUUUCCUACAUCUCUGCAGUUGCCUGUUUCCACACUGUUUGGGCCUCCUUGUGGCUCACUGUUCAGGUUUAUCAGAUUGCAUUCUUGGGGCUGACCUCUCAUGAAAGAAUGAAUCUCCUGAUACAGAGAAAAUCUUCUAAGCAUCCUGUUUCACUCAGGAGAACUCCAUACAAUCUUGGAUGCUUCCAGAAUCUUGCAGACUUUUUUCAGUGCAGUUGCUUUGGUGUGUUCAAACCCAACAUAAUUGACUGGACCAAGCAAUACAAUGUUUUUCAUCUGGCAAAGGAGAAAAAUGUUCAUUCUGUGUGAAGUUUUGCUUAAUUUCUAAAAUGGUUGAGCUGAAAGCUAAAUAAAACUGUAUAUUUUGUUAAUUUUUCC